GGAGACUUGAAGCUCAGCCUUCCUCCUGAACAAGGGAACUUGAGACUUGGGAGAUCUCGGUGGGUAUUAUGCUGCUACCUGUUUUUGUGUGUGGAGGGGGGAGAGUUGCUGAUGCUUUUGUUACAUGUCGGUGUCGUGUCUUGCUAUGUCUAAUGUGGCUCAGCCAGAGGGGAGGAGAGACAGUCUCUGGAAGAAGAAGUCUUCAAGGAUUCACUCAACAACCCAAAGGUCUAUCCACCUCUGAUGGCUAUGGCCUACCUCCAAUGUUGAGGUUCUCUGCUUCUGAACACCAGUGGCUGAAAACCACAGGACCGGAAGAGCUGCUGUUUUGCUCAAGUCCCACUUUGGGGCUUCCCUUGGGUGGGCACUGUGAAAAAGCCACUUCCGCCUUAAAAGGAGGUGGUGUUGAGAGCUUCACACCCCCACCACGUGCGUGGUGGCUGGCUCUCAGCCUCCGCGCAAUUGAGGGAAUCCCCGGCCGCGUCAUCCCCUGGACAGCCAAUCGGCUGGCUCGGGGGGGCGUGGCCUGCCCUAUUUAACAUUGGCGCAGCCAGGGAUCUCCUUCUUUUGCCUCCUCCAGCUGCUCUGGUUUCCCACCCUCCCGCCCUUUAAGGUUUUCGUCUUUGACCUUGCUAUGGACCUCGGUUGGUCGCCAUUAAGGGGCCUGGUAGGAAUUUUUUCCACUUGGGAAAUUGGCACCAGCCACUUGGUUUUUCGCCUACCUCGUAGCAAAUCGUCACAACUUCCUUGGUAUUGGCGGUUAGGCAUUGGUAUUGUUCUAUAGAUGGAAGAGGGGGGGUAGUGCCAUCACCUGCCCCACAUAUUGAAGGGUAGUCUGUUAAAGGAUUCCGGGGGGCGCAGCCCUGUCCGAAGCCUAGGGAGGUGAGCGCCUAAGGCACACCCCCGGGCGGUGACCCCGGGGGAGUUCCUAGUUGAUGUGCAUCAGCAGGACUCCCCCUACUGGUGGUUAACCCUUCCGGACUUCAAGCGGAUGGGCUGAAGUCGGAUAGUCAGUUAGGACCAAUGCCUAAGCCAAUACCGCUCAUCACCUGUAACCAAUAAAGUUGUGGCCAUAUUUAGCCCAUUAACCUUAAAUAGCUGUGUCAUGUGUCUUUAUUUCCACUGGGGGGUGGGCAGGAACUUGCCACACAACAGGAUGCUGGACUAGAUGGGCCAUUAGUGUGAUCCAAGCAACACUCUCCUUAUGUAGCCUGUAAAUGGUUGACGUUGCUGUGAUGGUCACCAGCCUAGAUGGCUUUAAAAGUGGAUAAGACUAAAUGAUGGAGGCUCACAAGGCUCUCAGAGGCUACUAACCCUGAUGGUCAUGUUCUGCUUUCUCUGCUGGAGGCAAUAUGCUGGGAAUUGCAAGAAGGGAGAAUCACAUAGAUGGUGGACUUCAGGUCUGGAGAUGAACACAGUCCUCCAGGCCUCUCCAUCUGGUCCCUAGGUUUCUUCCCAGGUCAUACUUCUCUCCUUGCCAUGCCCGUUCUGUCUAGGACACACACCUUCCCACCUUCCAUCAGUGUUUUCUUUUUAUAUAUAUAUAAAUAUUUUUAUUGGUUUUUAACAUACAAAAUUAUAAAACAUACCAUACAAUUUAUCACAAAUACAUUCUUAUUGGACUUCCAUCAGCACCUCUGAUAAUCCUCCGUCUUAAUCGCUUCUUAUGCAUUUCCUAACAAUAUUGCCUUUACAUCUCUUAACUUAUUGUCUCUCCUUCUCCAUUUUUACAAUAUUUCUAAUAUUAUUCCUCACAGAACUUCUUGCAAACCUACAAACGUCGUCUGUUCAUCACAAAUACUUUUCAAAUAAUCCGUAAAUUUACUCCAGUCUUCAGUAAAUUUCUGGUCCCACCGGUUUCGGAUCCUUCCCGUUAGUUUGUCAAGUUCCGCAUAGUCCAUUAAUUUCAUCCUCCAUCAGUGUUUUCAACUGGCUAGAAGGUAUCCUCUUGCUUGCCUUGGUGGAGGGGGAUGAUAUGUGAAGGUUGAUAUUAUUCUGCUCACUUUCUUUUGCUUAUGGCUCCGCCCACCUCUGGCAUGCCAAAGGUUGCCAAAAAGGAAAUUUGGUACUUGGACUUGAAAAGUUUCCCCAUCCCUGUGGUAGAUCCCUAGCAGGGAACCUGUGGCCUUCCAGACGUUGCUGGACUCCAACUCCCAUCAUCCCCAGCCCUGUCCUGGACACAUGUCCCAACCAAUCAGGGACUGCCUAUUAAAUGCACUACUGACCUCCCUUUGUUUACGGUUUUUAUUUCUACAUGGCUUUGGGAAGCGUCAUUUGAGAAGUGGUGCAAACGUUUUAUCCUUAAUCAAUGCAUAAAAAUGGCAAGCCCCUUCAUCCACCCGUCUCCUUGCCUUGCAGGGCUGUUGGCCAACGGAACCGGCGAUGGAGCAGUAUCAGACUCUGGAGCAGGCCCUGGGAGGGCUGGUUUGCACGUUCCAGCGCUAUUGCCGGAAGGAAGGCGACAGGCGCGCACUCAGCAAAGGGGAACUGAAGGAACUCUUGGAAAACGAGCUUCCCAGCCUGAAAACCGUAGGUCUCCUUCCAACCCCAUUCUCAGUCUCCUGAGCAUUAUGGGUUGCGGAUGGAAUUUGUUCCGAUCCAUUCUCCACAUUUUUGCAGCAGUAUGUGUGUGAAAAUCCUUAUGAAAAUUCAUCAGAAGUCUGCCUGUUUUGGAGGGGAAUUCUGAAUGCCACCAGUAUUCUUUCUGUGAAAUGUGUUUUUUUGAGAAAUAAAGAUUGAAAACGUAAAAAAGGAAAGAAAAGAAAUGGUAUUUUGAGGUGCCUGGGACAGUUUCGUAGAUUUCCAAAUUAGCCCUGCAAAGGAGACUUAGUUGAUAGGUGGUAUAUAAAUAGUUGUUUUAUUAUUAUUUUUAUUAUUAUUAUUAUUAUUAGCAGCAGCAGCAACAACAGCAUCACAAUCAUCAUUACAUCACCACACAGGAUAGCUCAGUUGGUGGAAGAUGUGGUGUGUUUUUAAAAGAUUUGUUUAUUUGGUUUUACAAAUCAAAGUUUUACAGUCACAUACCGAACAUACAGCAUAAAAACAAAAUUCCAAGGAAUUUCUUGGACUUUCCCCCUCCCCUUAGUGGGUCCUACUGUUAAUCAUUUCCUCCUUUCUCUUUUAUGAUAAUCCAAAUCUUUUACAUCUCCAUUACGUCCAAAAUUCACCAUUAAACUACAAGUGUUAUUGCAGUCCUACUGUUUACAAUGGUUUUUAAAAUAAAAUAAAUUAUAUUUUCCCCCUCAUUCCUUAUUAAAAUUCUGGUGUUCCUGAUUUCUGAUUCUUCUGGUCAUUUUUGCCAGUUUGGCAUAAUCCAUCAACUUGAUCUGCCAUUCUUCUCUGGUAGAGACUUUAUCUUCUUUCCAUCUCUGGGCCAAUAACAUUCGCAUAGCCGUGGUUGCUUACACAAAUAGACUUUUCUGCUCCCUUGGGAUUUCAGCACCUAGAAUUCCUAAAAGAAAAGCUUCAGGGUUUUUAGAAAAAAGUCAUUUAAAACUCCCCCCCCCCAACUCAUUAUAAGAACAUGAGGUUCUUAAUCUUAGGGUCACAGGUCUGAGCCCCAUGUAAGGUUAAGAAUAAUUAUAAUUAUACCCUGCCCAUCUGGCUGGGUUGCCCCAGUCACUCUGCAUUACAGGGAGGUUGGAUAGACCUCGUGGUUGCUUCCAAGUCUACAAUUCUAUGAUUCUAUGAUCAUCUUGUUGUUGUUGUGAAGGUAAAGGGACCCCUGACCAUUAGGUCCAGUCGUGGCCGACUCUGGGGUUGCAGCGCUCAUCUCACUUUAUUGGCCGAGGGAGCCGGUGUACAGCUUCCAGGUCAUGUGGCUAGCAUGACUAAGCCGCUUCUGGCGAACCAGAGCAGCACACGGAAAUGCUGUUUACCUUCCCGCCGGAGCGGUACCUAUUUAUCUACUUGCGCUUUGAUGUGCUUUCGAACUGCUAAGUUGGCAGGAGCAGGGACCGAGCAACAGGAGCUCACCCCAUCGCGGGGAUUUGAACCACCAACCUUCUGAUCGGCAGGUCCUAAGCUCAGUGGUUUAACUCACAGCGCCACCCGCGUCCCGUUGUUGUUGUACCAUGCUGAUAAUUCUUAAAGGGCCCAUCAGUCAAGACUAAAAAUAGAGGCUGCUGGGACUGCUGGCCAACCCACCUACCUUUUUGCCAACCACCAUUCCCCCACAUCUGACUAGCCUCCUUUCCUUUACACCUCGCCCACCCCCUUUGCAUAUCCUCCCACAGUUCUCCCCAAGCUCCUCCUCCUUUCUAAACCACAAACACCUCAUCUGGACUGCAUUGCUUCCUCACCCUCCUGCCUGCCUGCUAUGCAUCAUGCUGCAGUUGGCGGCCACCUGAACUUCAGCAUGAUGACAAACUUACAUUUCUAUGUAUAUAGGGGUGAUAUUACAAUAAUAAUAAUUCUUUAAUGAUCCCUCAUUCACUGACGGUGAUGAUUAGGCUGAUAAUUCUGAAAGGGACCCUCAGUCCCCGAUCAUUUCUCUCCAUUCUCAACCAUUCAUUUCUUUUCCUUUCCUAGCUUCAAAUAAAAGACGGUGCUUUCGAAGAGUUGAUGGCAUUGCUGGAUACAAACAAGGACAACCAAGUGGACUUUGAAGAGUACAUCCGCUUCAUCGCGGCGGCCUGCACCUUCUUCCACGACUUCUUCCGGGACAGCCCUCCGGUCCAGCCCCGACUGCUAUGAAAACCAAGAUGGCUACCCAACUCACCAAAGGUUGCAAAGCAAGUUCCUCACCCCGGUUGGAAAAACCGUGCCAGGAAGUCCCCGUGUCCAUCUCUGAAAUCUCGAGACAAGUCUUCUUUCUCAUCAACUAUGUCUUUAUUUCAUUCUGUUACUUAAGUCGAGAAAGCAGUUUUGAGCCUCAAAAAAAUGGGAAAAUGAAACAAGAAAAAAUGGCUUCUGAAAGGAUAAAAUGAAAUGAAAUGUAACAGCAACGCAGUGGAGCUACAAAUCCUUAGCAUCUCAUGCCUUUGAGGGGAAGAGCCUCAAAGUUAGAAGUGUAAAAUGUCAUAGAAAUGUUAUACAGUGGUACCUCGGUUUAUGAACUUAAUCCGUUCUGGAAGUGUGUUCUUAAACUGAAACUGUUCUUAAACCAAGGCACGCUUUCCCUAAUGAAGCCUCCCGCUGCCAGUGCUCUUCCACCUUCGGCUUCCAUUCUUAGACUGAGGUAAAGUUCGCAAACCAGAACACUACUUCCGGUUUUGCAGAGUUCGUAAACCGAAUAGUUCAUUAACAGGGCUGUUCAUAAACCAAGGUACCACUGUAUAUACCAAGGAUCAUGGGUGAUUGCUGUCUUGAACUGUCUCCAAAAACCAAGCUGUGAGAGUGGAAGUUAAUGUGUCAGGAGAGACUACUAGAUACUUUCAGACUUAUCAGUCUUGGACAUUUAUAUAAUAACAAUAACAACAAUAACUAUUUUAUUUUAUUAUUUCUAUAUCAGACCAGUUGCCCCAGUCACUCUGGGCAGCUUCCAUCAAAAUACAGUGGUACCUCAGGUUAAGUACUUAAUUCGUUCCGGAGGUCCAUACUUAACCUGAAACUGUUCUUAACCUGAAGCACCACUUUAGCUAAUGGGGCCUCCUCCUGCUGCUGCGCCACCAGAGCACGAUUUCUGUUCUCAUCCUGAAGCAAAGUUCUUAACCUGAAGCACUAUUUCUGGGUUAGCGGAGUCUGUAACCUGAAGCGUAUGUAACCUGAAGCGUAUGUAACCCGAGGUACCACUGUAUUAAAAAGCAUAACCUCAAACAUUAAAACAAAACCCUCCCUGCCUUCAGAUGUUUUCUAAAAGUCAGAUAGAUGUUUAUUUCCUUGACAUCUGAUGGGAGGGCGUUCCACAGGGCAGGCUCGACUACCAAGAAUAAAAAUAAUUUUACCAG